UACAAGACUGUUCUCCCCUCCGUUACCAGAUGGCCUCUAAAGUUUAUUCGGAGGAGCACAUUAACUAUUUCCGGGGUUUGUCACAUAGCCACUGACAUAUUGCCCCCAGCUUUACGACUACUGUUCAAGCAAGAAUGGGAUAAUCGUUACAAGGCAACGUUUGGAGAAUGGAAAGACACGCCUCAAAAUGGAUUGGACUUUAAAAACGGUGAGUCCCCUGCUAAUCAAAGAAAAAAUGCCCGACUGUUGGCUACGAUGGCUAAUGGAGACAGAGCAGAAUGGGACUGUACCAUGUUAUUUUAUGCCAUCCUGUUCUCUGAUUCUAUUCAUGGACUAAGUCCACUGAUUAGAACCAACGUUGAUGAUCUUAGAAAGUUUCGAAAUGAAGACUUCGCUCAUCACAUGCCAGAGGGUCAGCUCUCAAAUCUAGACUUCAGCAUCACUGUUGCAAAAGUUGAGACAGCAUUUAGAGCCCUUGGCCUGUCUACUGAUGACAUCCAAACUGUAAGUAAGCAGAAAUGUUUUCCAACCCAUGAGUUGCAAAAUGUGAAGACAAGCAAUCAGAAACUUACUCAAGACCUUCAGACGAAAGAUGCGGAACUUCAAGACAAAUCUAUUGAAUUAAAGAAGAAAACAACAGAGCUUUUGCAGAAAGAUGUUGAACUUCAGAAAAAAAAAGACGAGUUACAAGAAAGGCAUACCAAAAUUCAAGAGAAGGAAGCAGAACUUCAAGAGAACAAAGACAGGUUAAAAACUACAGAAGAAAAGCGCAAGGUCUUUGAAGAGCAACUUCAGCGCGAGGUGGAGCCAUUUUGCGUCCUUCCACCCAGACCUUCUCAUGUGAUCGCAAGUCGCGACUCCGACGUUGCUAAAGUGUUACAGAAGCUCACUAACUUAAGGAAGGCUAACGUGAACAGUUUAAGUUUUUGUUAUAUUUCAGGCAAUCCCGGGAGUGGUAAAUCCCAGCUGGCUGGACUGGUUGCUGAGAAUUUCUACAAAGAAGCCCGAAAAGACACGAGUGCUCCUUCAUUUGUUAUGACUUUAAAUGCUGAAAACUUAGAAUCGCUUUUAGAAUCAUACUUUUCCCUGGCAAGAAAAGUAAGCUGUCCCGCGUACACUAUAACUUCCACUGAAAACUCCAAGGAUUUAAAUGCUGAACGGAAAAUAGCCAUUAUCAAAGAUUUAAUUGCGACAAAAAUUCACCUUUACUCAUCUUGGCUCUUGGUGAUUGAUAGUGUCACAAAUCUCGCGAGAAUGGCUCAGUUUCUUCCUGAACGUGGGAAUGAGCAGUGGGGCAAAGGCCAGCUGCUUAUCACAACGCAGGAUUGUUCCUGUAUCCCACCUGAAAGUCCAAUCACAUCUCACCUUUCUAUAAGCAAAGGCAUGAUUUACACUGACGUUGCCAACCUUCUAUUCGAGCUCACUGGAAUCACAGACGAUGGUAUGGGAAAAAAGGUAGCACACGCUUUGGAUUACCAGCCACUUGCACUAGCCAGCGCAGGAGUGUACGUGAGAAAGGUACGAAAUACCAAUCCAGACUUUGGCUGGGAGGAGUACUUACAAAAACUAAAAGAAGGAAAGCGUGAACAUACUCAAAAAGAACUUACCAAAGUAAACAAUAUCUACCCAAACUCUAUGACAGAAGCGACUAAGAUAGCCGUUAAAGCGGAAAUUGAUUCUAAUAAAAUAAUGAAGCAUGCUUUUACCUUUCUUGCUCUUUGUGCACCAGAGCCAGUGAGGCUACACUUCUUGACCACUUACGUUGUAAAUGCUGAUGGAGAGUUGGAUGAAGAGGAAAUAGGCAUUCAGAUCCAAGGUUCCUCCUUGCUGUUAAUCGACAAAGAGGAUGAUGUCAACAUUCGUUUGCAUAACGUAGUACACAAUAUUGUCAAGAGUUUAGUAAAAGAACAAAUGCAAGCUGAUGAACAUGUCCGAGUUGUUUGUGUUGCGGUGGAGUCAUUUAGUAAGUAUAUAAAGGAAGCAACACCAAAGAUCCUGCAAAGUGCAGAUUCUGUGUCUGAAAGUAGAAGUAUUGUUCCACACUUCAAAACUCUAGCUGUCGAAAUUAAAAAUGUUUUCUUUAGUACAGAGAAAUUUAUCAAAACCACUUUUGAAGAUUUAUGUGUAACUGUGCAUGACUUUAUUGUGCUUGGUAAUGUUUGCCAUCGCCAUAGUGAGUACCUAACAGCAAAGGACUACUACCAUGUAGCUUUAAAAUUCAACAAGCACAAAAACAACAAGACAGUUCCUGAUCACUCAGAAGAGGCGGGAAUUAUCCAAAACAUGGGUAACCUACAUCGGAACUUGGGUGAGCAUCAACAGGCCAAGGAGUAUUAUGAACGUGCCUUGUCCAUACAAUUGAAUAAGCUUGGACCCGACCAUGUUGCCGUCGCGAGGACGUACCAUAACAUGGGUACCCUACAUCACUACUUGGAUGAGCAUCAACAGGCCAAGGAGUAUUAUGAACGUGCCUUGUCCAUACAAUUGAAUAAGCUUGGACCCAACCAUGUUCACGUCGCGAGUACGUACCAUAACAUGGGUACCCUACAUUACUACCUGGGUGAGCAUCAACAGGCCAAGGAUUAUUAUGAACGUGCCUUGUCCAUUAAAUUGAAUAAGCUUGGACCCGACCAUGUUGACGUCGCGAGUACGUACCAUGACAUGGGUAACCUACAUCACGACUUGGGUGACCAUCAACAGGCCAAGGAGUUUUAUGAACGUGCCUUGUCCAUACAAUUGAAUAAGCUUGGACCCGACCAUGUUGACGUCGCGAGGACGUACCAUUUAUUAGGUGAUAUGCAGCGUGUUUUGGAUGCCCAGCAG